GCGCACCAGAGGCAUCCAUCAUGAAUGGCGUGCAUUAGGUUGUGUACAAAAAUUUUGAUUGGCCUUUUCAAGUGAUUUUUAUUUACCUGUACCGCGUUUGAUUGCAACUAACUGUAAAUACAGAAGCCUACGGGACACUACUUGUUAUGCGUUUGGGCGGUUUGCAGCGUUUGUGCCGUUGUUCCGUGCGAAAGUCCAAGUGAUUGUGCGGUGUUUUCAUUUGAGCGAUACAUUCACACACGCGUCUAUAGAAAAGUGCUCGCAACACGUACAAACACUAGACAAAAGCGUGAAGCGACAGUGACGGGAAACUCAAGAUAUUCCUCGGAUUUCUAGUGCAUAUGUGACAUCUUGGGAGCUGCGAGGAGGACACCAGGAACCCGAGUUGGAUCCCGUCCGGGAGACGUCGUCCCCCGUGCCAGUGCUGGCCAGCAAAAACACUCAUUUGCGGCCGACAUUACAUUGAUGGCUCGCGGUCUGAUGGAAAUCAAGAAAAAAUCGAGAUAAUGUUCAGGACCAGACGGCUUCGGGUGCGCUCACAGGAAGAAAGUCGCAUGCUCCUCAGGAGACCGAAACGUGUUAGAUAGAACUGCAAACAUCAACGAAUCAACAUUACAUAAAAGUUUACCUACGUAAUAAGAAAGAGCUCAUCGCAAGUUCAAAAAUAUAAGUGACCCAAACACAAAAGCAAUCCAGUAUAUUAGUAGUAUGACACAUAAUUUAGGAAUGGCACCGUACAGAUUGCCAGGGCCUGGGAUAUGCCCGCCCGACUUCAAACCGCCUUCAGAAUCAUCGCAACUCACCUCGGCGCCCAGCAAUCCGAAGAAACGUCGGAAAACGUCUAGUGCACCUGCCAAUCCAUUGCCUUCACAACCACCCCCGUCGCCACAAGAUUUACUCCCGCCUCCACUGACGGGAUAUGGUGAUACGAUAGUUGCAUCGAAUCCUUUUGACGACACGCCCCCGAACCCACCACCGAUGAGUCAUUCGCUUGGUCACAUGGGAAUGCAAGGGGGCGGUGGCAUGAAUCCACACAUUCACCAUCCUAUGGGCGUACCACAGAUGCGAGGAAUGAGCCCUUUAGGAAUGGGCAAUAUGAGUCCAAUGGGAAGUAUGGGAGCGAUGGGGCCUGGCAGUAUGCAAUGCGGCGGCCCACUACCACCACAUAUGAAUAGUAGGGGAGGUGGUAUGAGUCCAAUGGGUGGAAUGCCCCCUGGUGCUGCAAUGGGCGGAAUGAGUCCCAUGGGAAAUAUGGGGCCGAGUUUAUCACCGAUGGGGCCUAUGGGCGGGAUGUCGCCGAUGGGUGGACCGCCUAACUCACACAUGGGAAUGAAUCCAAAUAUGGGUCCAAACGGCAAUCGAUCGAUAGGAAGCCCGAUGAGUGGUGGACCGAUAGGGAGCCCCAUGAAUUCACUACCGAUGGGUUCACCUAUGGGAAAUGCGAUGGGCAGCCCGUUAGGUGGUCCCCCAGGACAUAUGAACAAUGGACAAAUGGGCCCUCCAAUGCACAGUCCCCUGGGGAACGGUCCCAGCCAUAUGCCCGGGCCGCGAAUGAACGUUCCAAAUGGUGCUAUCCCAACAAGUGGUCCAAUGCCACAUCAAAUGAAUCCCAUGGGUCCAGGACCCGGACCAGGCAAUAAUCCAAUGACAUCAUCGACUCAAAUGACGACAACGAACAGUAUAAAUACAAUGGGCGGUUCGAUAGGCGGCGGUGCGGGUGGCCCAAUAGGAAACGCAAUGGUUGGACCCCACCCGCAUUCACCGAUGAACCACCAAAAUGUUCCUAUGGCGCCCCAGCAAGGAGGUGGCGGACCGGGAGGACUAAUGAACAGUGGCCAUCAUCCCAUGAAUGCAGGAAUGGGACAUGGCGGCAUAGCAAUGGGCCCCAUGGCCCCGAUCGCGCCAGGCCAUAUGGGACACUUGGGUGGCCCAGGAAGUGGGAUGGGCGGCCCCAUGAAUGGCCCACCUAAUCCAAUGGGAGGACCUCCUGGUAUGUUCGGACCGAAACCCAUGUCAGUGAGUGCAGGAAAAGUGUAUCCAGCCGGACAGCCGAUGGUCUUCAACCCGCAAAAUCCUAACGCCCCGCCUAUAUAUACAUGUGGCUCGUGUCAUAAAGAAGUGAACGACAACGAUGAAGCGAUGUUUUGUGAAUCUGGAUGUAAUUUCUUUUUUCAUAGAACGUGUAGUGGCUUAACGGAAGCUGCAUUUCAACUGAUCAAUAAGGAAUGCUUCGCCGAAUGGUGUUGUGACAAGUGCUUGUCUUCCAAGUCUAUACCAAUAGUUAAAUUUAAAUGUUAAAUGUCGUUGUCGUCUGUAUUUUAAAACAAAUUAUGAAGAACUUUAUAAAGCAAAUCCAACAGAUAAUAUUGUAAAGCACUAAAAACAACAACAAGAAAUGAACAUCAAACAAAAACAAGUUGAAGUUGAUAUGAAACAAUACAAAUGCUAAACAAUCAAUGAUAUGAAGGACGAAAGGUUAUUAAGAAAUUGUGUGCGUGCGUGUGUAUAUGGGUCUGCAAGUGAGUAAAGUGUGAGAUUGAAUGAAAGUGGAAUAAAAUUAGUUAAUAAAAAUGUUUUUUUUCGUCUUAAAGCAGAAUGAAAAUAAAAAAAAAUAAAUGAUGAAUAAAUUAUUUAAAACAUAAAGGACGAA